AUGUCUGAGGGAAAGAAGAUGACCUCGAGCCGUCGGCAUCAUCUGAAGAGUGUGAUGCUUCAGAUCGCCGCUAGCUGGCUGGCAGAGGAGACCAAACAGAUCGAGGCGGCCAAAGCUGCGUACAUGGCCGAGCACUGCCCCGAACCCGACUUCGGCGGUGACCAGGCGGCCCUCAUGGAGUUCUGCAAGAAGCUGCAUCAGUCUCUGGACAAGAUCGAUGAGGAGAGAUACGACGCCGAGGCCAAAGUGGUAAAGAGCGACCUAGAGAUUGAGGAGCUGAAGAUGAAAGUCAAGGAGCUGGGUGGAGUGAAGAAGCCCGCGCUGAAGAAAGUGCGUAUGUCUGCUGACGCUAUGCUCCAGGCUCUGCUCGGAGGCAAACACAAGGUCACCAUGGAUCUGAGGUCCAACCUGAAGCAGGUCAAGAAGGAGAAGAAGGAGGAGGAGACCGCAGACGCCGGCGACUGGCGUAAGAACAUUGAAGACAAAGCUGACAGGAAGAAGAUGUUCGAGACUAGCUAA